GAAGAUUCUUUUAGCGCAGAUUGCAGUGCAUUACUUGAUUCAAAUGCUUUAGAGCCGUCAUUGUUGCUUUCGUUUUUCUCCUACAAGGUGUUAAUCCCAAAUAUGUUGGUGCUUGUAGUCAAACCUAAAUAAACCUUUCGAUUAGUGCUUAGUGUAUUGAAUAUUGAUCAAACAACAUUGGCAGUCAUAUUUUCUUACUUUCCAGUUUUUCGUUGAUUAAAGGCAGGCAUUUUUUUUUAAUACAUCCGUUUCGUUGCAGACGAUUGCAAUAUUUCAUCCCCUUUCGCAAUUGCUGUACGAACUGAAACAUGGGUGCCGACUCGAAAGAAAUUGCGUCAUUCAAGACUACACAAUGCUAUCACCAAGUGAAGGGACGACUGCAGAUGUUCUUCCUGCGCGGAAAUGCCGUCGAUCCCGAGUACCUUCGGGAGGCUGACAUUUUCCAUAAGGUUUUCGAGGUGCAGUCGCCUGUUCAGGCUAUCAACAUUCUGGGAUAUGUGCUGAACAAACCAAUUGCUAACUUUGACCAUUUACCGUCGGAUCAGUUGGAAAGCUUGCUUUGGAGUGGGAAGGUUUGCUUCAUCAAGGAAGAGUCCAGGAAGCAACUGGAGAAGGUGGUCAAACAGAUGAAAACUUUUCGGUUCCAGCUCAUUCCGCUGAUUGUGGUUGCCAACCGGGACAACACGGAGAAGAGUUCCGAAACGCUUCUGAUACAAGUGCAUGAAAAGGGCGGAGCUUGCUCGUAUGUCGAUAUCAGUGGACGGAUCUAUUCCAGUUUUGAAAAAUUUCUGGAUCACAACAAAUUGCCGCCUUCGAUUCUGUGCUAUCCAAAAGACGGGGUCGUCACCUUCGAUUCGAACAACGAGAUAGAAGUGGACUGCAGUGUGGUCGGAACGACCAACGCAAUGAUGGGUACCAUGGACGUUUUGUUCGGAAUGGUCGGUGCUGCUAGUGCUGUUGGUACGAUAUUUGCUACUGGUGGGUUGGCCAUACCGUUCGUGAUGGUGUCUUGCGGGUCGGCCCUGUACACUACCGGACGCAGCAUUGAAAAACUGGUCGAUGCGAGUGAACACGGCAUGCCGCUGAAUCCGUUUGAGGAUGCCGAAGCGCGCAACAAUUGGCUCAUGAUGUCGGCCAAUCUGCUGACGUUCGCCUCCCUGGGUGUCGCCGGACUGGCCACAAAGCUGGAAGGUUUAACCGCCGCGCAGGUAAGUCGAUUCAUGUUGGCCAAUCGGAUCAUCCGGGGAGUCAGUGCCGGUGUCAAUGCCGUAACGAUCGUCGAUUCGGUUGCCUACAUGGUCAACAACUGGCACCAGAUGACCAUCUACCAGAAGAUAUCGGUGGCUUGUGCCGUGUGCUUCUGCUUCCGGGAGGUCAUCAGCUUUGCCAAUGCGGAGCGUCUGAUGCGCAGUAGCCAGAUCGAUGGAAUAUGUAAGUUCUUCAAGGGUUGUUCGGACUCGGUGGUCGGAGGUGCGAGCACCGUUGGCCAAGGCUUCAUUACCAACGUCAAGGGAAUGUUCGAUAACAACGACGAAUACGUGUCGAGGGGAAUGAACCUAAUCCGAACGAUUGUUCGUGAUUCGUUUGAUGUGACCGUAAGUGACGACUUUUGGACGAUUCGCCUGUUUGGGUUCGAGUACAAGAUGAAGAACAUCAUCAGUAUGACGGAAACGGAAUUGGGCAAAUUCUUGUACAUGAUUCAGGGCAUUGCCAAGACUUUCCGCGAUGGAUUUGCUCUGUUGAGAACGCUCUACGGCGAUGGACCGAUUGCGAGUGCCGUAUUCAAGCGGGCUGAAGAAGCGGGAGGCAAACGGACCGACUAUGGCAAGGCUAUCAACGAGUUGAUCGAAGUGUUUAUGUUGAUACGCCAAAUUUGUAACGAUUUUACCAUUUUAACCGAUGCCCAGUUGACUAUCGGAGGCGGUCACCGCUUUACUGUGGCAUCGGCCUAUAGAACGUUCGUAAGGGGAAAUGGUAUUUCCCUUCUACGAGCUCUUUUGGAAAUGAACCCCCGGGAAAUCAACCGCAUGAACAGCCUACGCGUGCAGUGGGGCAGCGAGGAUGCUGAAAUUUUUGAUUUCAUAACUCAAUCGUCGAUCGACAGCUCGGAAAUGCUGGUCAAAAUUCGUUUCUUGCUAGCAGUUUUCGAAAAUUGUACGGAAAAGUCACUCCGCAUCACGGGCUUACAAUCGGCAGGGCAGAUCGUCGAGAUUGAAUCAAUGGUCCGAGUAGGCCUCGAACAUUUUAACCAAUCAGCCUACCCAAAUUACCUAGUAGAUCCGAAAUUGUUUCGAAUCUGUCAAACUGCUCAGGACAAUCAUCGUGAAUUUAUCGACGCUAUUUGGAAGAAUACGUGCCAUAGUUCGAACCAAUUCGACAGGGCAUUUGAAAAGCUCUGCACCCUGGAAAUGGCGUUCCAAUCCUAUUCACCCACGACAAUAGAAAACGUUAUCUCGUAUGCUUCGACAAUGGAGUGUCCAGAUUUUGCACGAUUCACCUAUCAUGUUCUUUUCGCCUUGAAAAGCAUGGAAAAUUUGACAUCGGAGAUGGGCCUCGAGGAGUCUGCUGCUAACGAAGUUCUUUUCUCGGAUCACGCUUCGCUGCGGUCCCGCUUCAAGCAAUUGACGAUGAAAGCCGAACAACAUUCUCUGGGUGGCUAUUGCCAGAUGGACGACGAUUCGAUGACUGCUGACCCUUUGCGGUUGAUAGUGAUGAUCAAAGGUCUAGCUUCGAAGGCACUGCUUCGCUUUGGAACGAUCGAAAAUGCUGCACUCCAUAUGGACAUGUACCCGAUGCUUCGGAUUGGUACGGAAAUCGUGAAGUUCAAUCGGUACAUCGAGUUGAAGAGGUUCGACCGGGAGGAAGUGCUUACCAUCUACGAUGAUAAGCGGAUGGUUUAUCUUGGCAAUGCACAGCUGCAGAUUGUGAUCGGGGUGGUGCGGGGACUCGGUGCCUAUAUUGAUACUUACUCGUUUAUUCAUGAGAACUAAAUAUGUUUUGAUCGGAAUUCGAACAAGCAAUAAUUGACAAACUGUUAAAUUAUGUACUAAUCCAUAUCGUACUAAGUGCCUAAAUCGUAUAUUGUAGUAUGCCUGAAGAAUAAUGAGCU